UCACGGCAGAUUUGCAAUCGAGAGAUGCCGCUGCGUUUGGACAUCAAGAAAAAGCUCUCGAGCCGGUCGGAGCGCGUGAAGAGCGUCGACCUGCAUCCGACGGAGCCGUGGGUGCUCUCGGGCCUGUACAACGGCACGGUGAUGGUGUGGGACUACGACAAGCAGCAACUCGUCAAGUCGUUCGAAGUGUCGACGCUGCCGGUACGCAAUGCGCGCUUCAUUGCGCGCAAACAGUGGAUUGUUGCGUCGUCAGAUGACCUACAACUGCGCGUGUUCAACUACAACACGAUGGACAAGGUGACCUCGUUCGAUGCGCACGCAGAUUACAUUCGAUACCUCGAAGUCCACCCCGUCCUUCCUGUGAUUCUAUCGUGCGCUGACGACAUGACGGUCAAGAUGUGGGACUGGGAGAAGAACUGGCUGUGCACGCAAGUCUUUGAAGGCCACGGACACUACGUCAUGAUGGCCAAAUUCAACCCCAAGGACACCAACACAUUCGCGACGGGCAGUUUGGACCGCACGAUUCGCGUGUGGGGCCUCGGUUCGUCGCACCCCCACUUCACCCUCGAAGGCCACGAGCGCGGCGUCAACUGCAUCGACUACUACCCAGGCGGGGACAAGCCGUACCUCAUCUCUGGCUCGGACGACAAGACUGUAAAGGUGUGGGACUACCAGACCAAGACCAUCGUGCACACGUUGGAUGGUCACACGCACAAUUUGGCGGACGUGUUGUACCAUCCCCGGCUGCCGCUGAUCAUCUCGGCGUGUGAAGAUGGCGCCGUGCGCAUGUGGCACUCGACCACGUACCGCGCCGAAACGACGCUCAACUACGGCAUGGAGCGCGCUUGGUGCUUGGCGGGUCUGGACUCAAGCAACGUGCUCGCGAUCGGGUACGACGAAGGCAGUGUCGUGUUGCGGCUUGGCCACGAUACGCCUGUGGUGAGCAUGGACACGACGGGCAAGCUGAUUUGGGCCAACAACAACGAAAUCCAGACGGCGUCAGUGAAAGGCGUGGUCGCAGAGUUGGGUCUGAAGGACGGCGAGCGCGUGCCACUUCCAGGGCGCGACCUCGGGUCGUGCGAGGUGUUUCCGCAGAAGCUCAAGCACAAUGCAAACGGUCGGUUCGUCGCAAUCUGUGGCGACGGCGAGUACAUUAUCUACACGUCGCAGCAGCUGCGCAACAAGAGCUUUGGGUCGGCGCUGGACUUUGUGUGGUCGCCGACGGGGACAGGCGACUACGUCGUGCGGGAGUCGUCGUCCAAAGUUGUGCUCUUCAAGAACUUUGUCCAAGUCAAAGCGCUCAAGCCGACGCAGUGCACCGCCGAGGGUCUGUUUGGCGGCGCGUUGAUCGGUAUCCGUGGCCCCGACUGCAUUGCGUUCUACGACUGGGACAACGAUAUGCGAUUCAUUCGCAAGAUCGACGCGACGGUGAAGAAUGUGUUUUGGAGCGAUGCCGGCGACUUGGUGGUGCUUUCGACGGACUCGUCCUACUACGUGCUCCGGUACAACCGGGAAGCGGUCGCGAUGUCCAACCUGAACGCCCCGGACGGCGUUGAAGGCGCCUUUGACCUCGUCCACGAGUUGUCGGAAAAGGUGAGCUCCGGUACGUGGGUCGGUGACUGCUUCUUGUACGUCAACUCGAGCGGCCGCCUCAACUACUACGUUGGCGGCGAGAUCAUGACGAUUACGCACUUGCCGUCCAAGAUGUACUUGUUGGGGUACUUGCCCAAGGAGAAUGUCGUGUUCCUCAUGGACAAGCAAAAGAACGUGACGAGCUUCACGGUGCACCUCGUCCUGCUCGAGUACCAAACGGCCGUCGUGCGCCACGACUUUGACACGGCGAACGCGAUCCUGCCCCGCAUUCCCCCCGAGCUCAUGGACAAUGUCGCGCGCUUCCUCGAGUCCCAAGGGUACAAGGAAGAAGCGCUCGUGUUGAGCACGGACCCCGAUCAAAAGUUUGACCUGGCGGUGCAACUCGCCAAGCUCGACGUGGCCAAGGACAUCAUGAUGGCGCGCGAGCACGACCAACACGCGUCCGCCACUGACACCCAGCACAAGUGGAAGCAGCUCGGCGAUCUCGCGCUCAACGACGGCAACUACGCGCUAGCUGAAGACUGUGCGUUGCGGUCGGACGACUUGAGUCUGCUUCUGCUCUUGUACACGUCGCGCGGGGACCGCGUGAAGCUGGCGUCGCUGGCCGAGCUGGCGACGACCAAGGGCCGACACAACAUUGCAUUUGUGAGCUUGUUCUUUUUGGGCCAACUGAAGGAGUGCGUCAAGUUGCUGGUCGAGUCGAAGCGGUUGCCAGAAGCAGCGUUCUUCGCCAGGUCGUACGAUCCCACGGCCAUCGACGUGGUACUUGGCGCGUGGCGCGAAGACUUGGCGCAAGUGAGCUCCCGCGCCGCCAAAGCGCUGGCGGAUCCCGCCAAGAACGUCGAGUUGUUUGAGAACUUUGACAAGUCGAUCCGAGCCGCGCAAGUCGUUGCUCAGCAACGCCAUGUCGUCUACCCGGCCGCAGAGUACACGGCGCGUGUGCCGCUCUUGGACGUGCAUGUGCUGGAUCGAGGGAGUGUCGCGGAGACGGACGUGCCAGAACGAUCGUUUGCCCAGGAACAUGGCAGUGGAGCUGCCGAGGCGAAGCAGCGACAAGAAGCGCAUGCUGCCGAGCUGCAAGCAGAGCGUGAAGCUGAGGUCAGAGCACAGGCCGAAGCAAGGGCCAAUGCCGAAGCCGUUGCUAGAGCUGAAGCUGAGGCCCGAGCCCAUGCUGAAGCCGUAGCUGAAGCUGAAGCGCAGGCUCGAGCUCAAGCCGAAGCUCACGCACGUGCACUUGCAGAUGCCCAAGCUCGGCAAGCUCGAGCUCUUGCCGAAGAGAAGGCUAAAGCCGAAGCAGAAGCCCGGGCACGAGAAGAAGCGCGUUUGCGUGCUGAAGCUGAGGAAGAAGCCAGACGCCAGGAGGAAGCACGCGCCAAAGCUGAAGCGGAGGCGGCCGCUCGUGCGAAAGCUGAAGCAGAGGCAGCUGCUCGUGCAGAAGCGGAAGCAGAGGCUGCUGCUCGUGCGAAAGCCGAAGCAGAGGCUGCUGCUCGUGCGAAAGCGGAAGCAGAGGCUGCUGCUCAGGCGGAGGCCCGUGCUGCCGAAGAUGCACGGUUGAAAGCUGCGGCAGCCAAGGCCGAGGAAGACGCGCGGUUGCGUGCUGAAGCUCAGGCGAAGGCCGACGCAGAGGCGCGCGCAUAUGCCGAAGCGCAAGAACAGGCGUGUUUGCAAGCUCAAGCUGAAGCUGCUCGUUUCGCUGCGCCUCCAUCGGUGGCUUCAGCAGCUGCUGCCGCAGACGUCCUGGAUUUUGGCCUCAAGUCGGACGAAGAGAUUGACUUUGACGACGACGACGCGGACUGGGGUGAAAUGUAG